AUGCCCGAGCCUAUCAUCAACGCACAGCAGUGCGCAUCACGUCUCGAACAGUUGUUGACGAGCUGGAGCCGGAACGAAUCCAUGUGGCAUGGCGCCACUGGAUUAUUGAUAGGAACUGGCGUCAACACUGAAGAUGACUUGCGCUACCUGAAGAGCGUCGCGCUCGAGCUGUGGCUCUUCGGUUACGAGCUACCAGAUACCUUGAUUUUGUUUACCAAGACAGAAAUCCAUGUGGUAACCGGUGGUAAGAAAGCCAAGCUUUUGGAUGCUAUCACAGAGAAUAUUUCGGGCGAUACUAGUUUGACCUUGGUCGUCCAUCAUAAGCCCAAAGGCGAGGAUGGAAAGGCUCAAGUUGGCGAGCUCUUAACGGUUAUUAUGGAACAAAAACUCAAAGUGGGAGUUGUCGGCAAAGAGGUUAAAGAAGGAAACCUUACCGAGUAUGCCACGAGCUCGCUCAGAUCGCGAGGAAUCGAUGUCGUGGAUGUCAGCUCUGGAAUUGCCGAUGCAAUGUGCAUCAAGGAUGAUAUUGAGCAACCUAUCAUCAGGAAAGCAGCUGCUCUAACCUCCAACGCUAUGAAAUGGCUGGUAGAACGGGUGGAAAACAUAGUAAACGACAAUCAGAAGAUCAGUCACGCGAAAUUGAGCGAGCAGUGCGAAGAUCAGAUUUUGGAGCCUGGCAAGCUUGGUCUUACGGAUUUAUAUGCGGACGAUGUCGAUAUUUGCUAUCCCCCAAUCAUCCAGUCAGGCGGAAACUAUGAGCUCAAGUUAUCAGCGCAGAGCACUGACAACAAACUCCACUAUGGUGUCGUGCACCUGUCCAUCGGCGCCAGAUACAUGCAGUACUGUGUUAAUAUCGGUCGCACGAUGAUGAUAGAUCCAACCAAGACGAUGGAGGAGAUAUAUGCCGCGGCUACUGCCGCGCAGGAGGCAGCACUUGCUACGCUUAUUGACGGAGCUGACCUUGCUGCGCCUUUUGCUGCUGCCAAGCAGGCGCUUCUAGAGGCCAACCCUGCUGGAAGAGGAGAAGAGCUUGUUGCCAUGUUGGGAAAAACAGUCGGUCAUGCCAUUGGAUUAGAGCUCAGGGAAAAAAGUAUUUCUCUGGGGCCCAAGUUCCGGGGAUCAGCACAAACGAUUAGAGCUGGCCAAUGUUUCAACAUUCAAAUUGCCUUGGCAAACUUGACUAACGAGGACGUCAAACAGAACUCAAAGUUGCGCACGUGGGCAAUCAUGAUCGCAGACACGGCAUUAGUUACAUCCGAUGGAAAACCACCUGAAAUACUCACCAAAAAUGUCAAAAAGCAUGUCCAGGACAUCGCGUAUCAAAUAAACGAUGAUGAAAAAGAGGAACUCAGUAUGAUUGAUCAAAACAGGGCAAAAGCAGCCACAGUGGCAGAAGGUGGCGUUGUUAUGCAUGCCAAAACACGACACGAACUCAGUGGACCAGGUCAUGAGGAGAUGCGACGACAGAAGCAAGUGACAUUGACUGACAGGAAAAACCGAGAGACUCACGCCCGUCUUGUUGGGGCGCAGCAAGCAUCAACAGAAGGGGUAAAGGGUGGCGCUACUGCAGACUUCACUUCAUACAUUAACACGUCGUCUGUUCCUGUUCCGAGGUCAGCAGAAUUAGUACUUGCAGUGGAUCGCGAGUCAGAGUCUAUUCUAUUACCCAUCCACGGCUAUCUUGUCCCGCUUCACAUCAUGGCACUGAAGAGCGUGAGCGUAACACAAGACUCUGGAGCUAGCUUCAUUCGCAUUAACUUCAAUUCCCCUGCCGCUCCAGGGGCUGUUGAGGCAAACGCUGUUUACGCUGCAAAUAUCAAGUUUCCUGAUCUUUGUUUUUUGCGUGAAAUAUCUUACAGGUCCUCCGACAGCAAGCAUGCAAAUUAUGUCGUGCAGGAGAUGAGGGCACUGAAACGCAUGGUCACACAGAGAGAAUCAGAGAAGGCCGAACGUGCUACUCUAGUACGCCAAGAACGCCUUGUGAUGUCCCAUGGAAGGGUGCACCGUCUUGUGGGGCUUUGGAUGCUCCCCACUUUCGGUGGCCGUGGCGGUAGGAAGGCAGGUACGCUGGAAGCCCACACGAACGGCCUACGGUAUGUCGGCGCUAAGGCCGACGAGCAAGUAGACGUCAUUUACAGCAACAUCAAAUUCGCAUUUUUUCAACCUGCCAAAAAAGAGAUAAAAACAUUGAUACACUUCCACCUUCACAAUCCAAUUAUGGUCGGCAAGAAAAAGACGAAAGAUGUUCAAUUUUAUAUGGAAAUCAUGGAGGCAGUCCAGAACCUGGACGGUGGCAGAAGGAACAUGUAUGACCCCGAUGAAAUCGAAGAAGAGCAGCGUGACAGAGAAAGAGAAAAACGUAUUCAUAAGGAAUUUUCCGGAUUUUGCCGUAAGGUGCAGGACAUCUGGGAGAAAGACUUCCCCAACCUUGAUCUUGAAUUUGACUCGCCCUACCAUGAUCUUGCAUUCGAUGGUGUUCCAUUCAAGUCUACAGUGCGCAUUCUUCCCACAGCAACUUGUCUAGUUGAGCUCACUGAAUUUCCACCGCUGGUCGUCUCAGCUGAGGAUAUGGAGGUCAUAAACCUCGAACGCGUCGGCUUUCACCUCAAAAAUUUUGACAUGGCGAUUGUAUUCAAAGACUUCACCAAAGACGUCCACAGGAUAGAUCAAAUCCCGAUUCAGAAUCUAGACAACAUAAAACAAUGGCUCGCGACUCUCGACAUUAAGUACUAUGAGGGAAAAGCAAAUCUGAACUGGAAGCCUCUUUUGAAGCAGAUUAGGGAGGAUCCUGAUGAGUGGCUUGUGUCAGGGGGUUGGGAGUUCUUAAACAAUGAGAUAGAUGAUGACGAAGACGAGGAUGGCGGCGGUUUAGAGAGCGAGUCUGAUUUUGAACCGUCUGAUUCUGAGGAUGAAUCUGAGUCGGAUGAGGAAAGCGAUACUGAGUCCCUAGUCGACUCGGCAGAGGACGACGUAAGCGAUGACGAUGAUAACGAGGAUGAUGGGAUGGAUUGGGACGAACUCGAAGAGGAAGCCAUGGCUGCUGACGAAGAAGCGUCGGAAAGUGACGGCAAAAAAAGGAAGCGGAGGGCAGAGGUGAAGAAACGAAGGAUGUGAUGCACGACAUUUUUGUAAUACAUGAAAGGGAGGCUUAACCCACAUUUUUUUCCACGCAGAUUUUUCCACCAAACGUUUUUGACCUCAAAAGGUUGCAUUCGUAUGAAUCGUAAUAUACAUACCUUCGUUCGAAGGUACGAAGUUAACUUUUGUUUCUAAGGUAAUUUUUACUGGGAUGCGCAGCUAAAAAAUAUGCAAGGCUGCUGCAAAUAAACAAGGAAAAACAUUUAUCGAGGUGAUGCCGUGUAUCUGCUGAUCAUGUAUGCAUCAUUUGAGGGAACGAAGUAAACUAACAAUUAAGGGAGUUGCUCUAAUAUGGUUUGUUGUAAUACUAUUGCUGUGCAUGAAUC